AUGCUUUCAAUAGAAAAAGAAAAUUCAAGAGUUGCUACAACUAAACCAUUAGAUGAACUUUUUACUAAUGUCGGUCAAAAGUUUGAGACAGAGACCGUAAAGCAUGAAGGCUAUCGUUUUGACUACCCACUAAGAUGGUUAAGAGACCCAUCCGUCACAAAAGCUAUUGGCUUUCGUAGAAUGAAGUUCAUUUCAGAAGCCAUACAUGGUUUCCCAUUUACGGUCGCUUUUGAAGUUCGAUACUAUAACAAAGAAAAACGUACGUAUGAGAAAUUUGAACAGGGAAAACUUUUACAAGUGAAUUUGCUUGUAAACUUAGAAACAACUCUUCAAGCUUUUCAAGAAAAAAUAAACGAUAUCUAUCUCGAAU